AUGCUGACUGAAGCGCAGGCCGCCUCUGUCCAGCGUACGUCUGAGCCGGGAUUUCAUGGUGUCGAGUUUCUGCUCCGCCCCGAAAACUGGCCCGAGUGCGCGAGCCCGACGCCGCAAUCCGGCUCGCCGGUGCCUUUCGGUACGCGCUCAAGAAGCUCAAGCGUGGUAUCGCUCUCCUUCCAGCCGCCCAAGACCAACACCCCUUCGCACAUCGCCGUCCUGGACAGCAGCUUCAACCCGCCCACUCUCGCACACCUCGUGCUCGCGUCGUCGGCCUUUCCGCCGCCCAUGCUGAACCCGAAUGUCCGCAGAUCGCGCGGCCUCAGCAGCCCCAAGAGUCCCUCCGCAAUCCUCCGCGAGGCAGCAACGUACUUUUCCUCUCAUGGGGUAUCGCCCGACGGAUCCCUCGCCCCAGCACCCAAGGACGAGGUCACGAAUCCCGAUCCUGCGCCAGGACCAUAUACCGCCCGCCUGUUGAUGUUUGCCGCCAAGAACGCGGAUAAGACGCCCGGAUGGGGAGAUGCGAGCCCGAUCCAGCGCGCCGAACUCAUGCUCGCCCAAGCCGAGGCUAUGCCACCGCAAGCUGGCCCAGUUGCCGUAGCGAUCGUAGCCGAACCGACCUUUGCGGCCAAGGCCAAGAUGCUCGUCCGGGUUCUCGAGGAGUCGGGAGCAUGGUCGACAGGCCACGAACCACGCGAGCAGCACCGCUCAGAGCCAUCCACGCCCAGAGUACGGGCACUUACGUCCCCGAGUAUGAUGUCUCCAGUGCCGCCAGCAUCACCAAGCUCCCCGGCCCCCUCGGGCCACUUGCAUCUGCCAGCCAUCACGUUCCUCGUGGGCAUGGACACGCUCGAACGCAUCUUUGACGCAAAGUAUUAUCCGCAUGGACGGAUGGACGCAGCCAUGGAGGAGCUAUUCCAACAUGCGUGGCUCGUUUGCGCACGCCGCGGUAGCGGAGGCGAGAGCACGGACGCGGCGGACACGCGUAGACUAGAAGACAACCUUUUGGCACGUGCCGAUGUCGCGCGCUGGGUUGCGCGUGGGCGCAUCCGCCUCAUUCGCGCCCCCGAAGCUGUCGCCGAUGUCAGUUCGACCCGCGUUCGUAUGGCACUGAGAAUGGGCGCUGGGGCUGGCGCACUCCGCGGCCUCUGUGCCGACCCAGUUUCCAAAUACCUCCUUGAGCAGAGGAUGUACCGGUCGUAG